AGCCGGCAUGGAGCGGGCAGAGGCCUACGGCUUCUCGGGCACCAUGAGCGGCGCCUUCCUGCUGUCGUGCCUGCUCUUCGCGGCCGUCAGCCGCCGACAGCGCGGGCCCUACAUGGACGAGGUGUUCCACGUCCCGCAGGCGCAGGCCUAUUGCCACGGCCGCUUCCUGCAGUGGGACCCCAUGAUCACCACGCUGCCCGGCCUGUACCUGCUCUCCGUGGGAGUGGUGAAGCCCGCGGCGUGGUUCCUCGGCUGGACGGGAAGCGUGGUGUGCUCUGUGGGAAUGCUCAGGUUUAUCAACCUCCUCUUCAGUGCUGGGAACUUCUAUUUGCUGUAUUUGCUUCUGUUCAAGAUCCAUCAGAAGAAUAAGGCUGUGUCUGGUUUCCAGAGAAUCUUGUCUGCAUUAACUCUUGCAACUUUUCCCACCCUUUAUUUUUUUACAUUCCUUUAUUAUACGGAUCCAGGAUCAGUAUUUUUUACUCUCUUUUCCUAUUUAAUGUGCCUUUAUGGUAAUCAUAAAACUUCUGCUCUCCUUGGAUUUUGUGGCUUCAUGUUUCGUCAGACAAAUAUUGUGUGGACAGUUUUUUGUGCUGGAAAUGUUGUUGCAGAGAAGCUAAAUGAAGCCUGGAAGAUUGAGUUGCAGAAAAAGAAAGACGAAAAGAUUUCUUCCAGGAAAGGAUCAUUUUCAGAUUUGACCAGAAUACUGCAGUUUCUUGUUGAAUAUCUCUUGUCGCCUAAAAACUUAGUUACCCUUACUGCUUUAACUUGGCCAUACAUCAUAUUAGUUUCUCUCUUCUUUGUUUUUGUCUUCAUCAAUGGUGGAAUAGUUGUUGGUGAUAGAAGUAGUCAUGAGGCCUGUUUGCACUUUCCUCAGCUGUUCUAUUUUCUGUCCUUUACUGUUUUUUUUUCAUUCCCUCAUUUAUUGACCCCUGCUAAAAUCAGGAAAUUCCUUUUGUCAUUGCGAAAGCAUCCUGUGCAGUAUAGCCUAAUCACUGUCGUCUCUUUAUUCCUGGUCUGGAAAUUUACCUAUGUCCAUAAGUAUUUACUAGCAGAUAACAGACAUUAUACCUUUUAUGUCUGGAGAAAAGUAUUCCAAAGACACGAGCUUGUAAAGUACCUGUUGGUUCCAUUCUAUAUAUUUGCUGGCUGGAGUUUUGCUGAUACACUAAAAUCAAAAUCGAUAUUCUGGAUCUUAAUGUACUUUGUAUGUUUAUUAGCAGUCACAGUUCCUCAAAAAUUGCUAGAAUUUCGUUAUUUUAUUUUGCCAUUUUUAAUAUAUAGGCUCAAUACUCCAUUUUUGUCUCUAUAUAGACAACUUCUGGAGCUGGCUUUUUAUAUUUUAGUAAACGCUGUAACUUUUUAUCUUUUUCUAAGCAGAACAUUCCGAUGGGAAAAUAGUGAUGAAGUACAGAGGUUUAUGUGGUGACUUUUUUGAUAUUUUUAUACCUGUAGGAAAACACAGUUCUGUUUCAGGACUGGACUCUGGAAUGAAACAAUAUGUUUUGCAUCAUGUAAGAACUGUUUUCCCUAGCUGGAAUUGGGAAGUAAGCUCUUUGCUUAUAUUGUUGCAACCAAAUGCAAGAUCUGUUAUAAUGUGAAGGUACUCCCUCCAUUGAAUUUAUGAGAAUUUUAAAAUUCAGUAUGAGGGGAAAUGUGAGAACACCUUUCUGUAAUUAAUGUAAAAAUAAGGGAGAUGUUUACUGUAAUUUUUCAAUAUAAUAAAAUUCUACAUAACAUGCCCUUGAAGGUAUAACAGUUUAUAAGUAUGUUUCAGAGAUUUCUCUUUUACAAAAGAAGGAUUUCUGCCUGUUCAACCUUUUUGUUUAUUUAUCUGUGUGCAUAUUUAUUUCUCAGAUCAGACCAUUUCCUUCUAGGUUUACAAGUGGUCAGACUUGUACAAACCACUACUGAAGUACAAUGUUUUCAAAGCCUCCUAUGUCUCACUGAAUUUUCAUUACUUUUUUUUUGUCAGUAAAUGCUUACGUUAGUUUUGUAAGCAGAAUGUAGGCUCUUAAAUCAUUAGAGCAUUUUGAACAUUUUAUUUCAAACUGCUAUUUAGAAAACACAGCGGAUGCUAUGUGUGUGCACCUUUGGAGGAAUAAAUGUUACUGUACAAUAAAACAUAAAUGGCAGUUGAUAAUGUAACCUGUUAGAAAGGGAGUAGUUUACAGAUGUCAGACUGCAACGUGGAUUGCAGCCCUCUUAAAUAAUUGAACUUUUAUGCCCUGUGGUUCUAUGCUCACAGGUUUGUGCUGAAAUCGGCUCUGAGUGCACUCCUGAGUUGCACUGAAUAUUUCAAAGAUCUUUGAUGUGUAAUCUUCAAGAAGUACUAAUGGCAUUAUUGAACUAUUCUUUUAAAUAUUUUUCAUGUUUAAUGGAACGUGAGUGUAUAUAUUUUGUUUGAAAAAGGUAAAAUGCAAUGUAUACACACAUAUAUGUAUGUAUAUAUAUAUUUAAAAGCAUCUAGUGUGCAUUAUCAUCAGAGUAAAUGAAGGCUGUAAUGGUUGAAUCAAGAAAUCAAGAAAUACUUGAUUGCUAAUGUAUGUGGCAGAGGAGAGUGGUGUCCAAAACUUCAGGUAGUGUGUAGCUUUUUAAAUUCAUUAUUGUUCUGUAAUGACAGUACUUCAGCCAAAUCUGAGCAAACGUCAUAUUAUCACCACUCAAGUUACUCUGACAUGGAAUUGUUUCUCAAGAGGUCAGUACUGUUACUGUUUUCUUUUACAUGAAGAUCUGUUCCUGUCUCCAGUUCCUUCCCUGUACCAGUACUUUGAUGGGUGUGGUGAAUUCAGAUUCUGUUCAAUGCCUUUACAACCCCAUUUCUCCUGAGGAAACCCUCAAACCACUCACAGUGAGUAGGUGUGUGUGUAUUGAAUUUAAGAUAUUUGCCAGGUUGCUUUUUGCUUCAUGGUCUUUUGCCAGCCUGAUAACUUGUCAAUGUGUACCAUAGGGAAAGUCAUUUUCAGUCAGUCCCUAUUUGCUUCUUUAAGUUGAAGGGACAAGAGAAACCCAAAACUGAUUGCUUUUGAAGAAUCCAGUGUGUGGUUCUGGCAGAGUCCAGGAUGUUGUGUUGUGAUUUCAGUAUCACAGAUUUGGGAUGUGAAGUCUUGUGUGCCUUCUGCUUCCAAUUUUGUUUUUGUAUGUCAUGCCAAUAAAAUCAUAAGAUAAAGAGUAUUUGCCUGCACAAGUACAAGUUCAUUUGUGCCCUUAAAUACUGAGUUGGAAUGGUAACAUGGAAAGGCAUGGGGCUCUGUCUAGUAUUCCAAGUUGUAUCUUAAAUCUGAGUUUUUUUUCUGGUUUUAUGUAGGCUGUUUUAUGUUGAGGAGCAGGUUUUAAUUCCCUUGAGAAAAACAUUCCCUUGCAAAGAGUCCUGUGUAGUCCACAGGUGUGUUAUCCAGCACGUCUGUUUUUACUGGUUUCAAAUGCCAUCUGUGAUCAACUCUAUCGAGAGACUGUCCAUACUUCCUAUUUUUAACAGAAGUAGCAGAUGUGUUUCAAGUGAAAAGAGUUUAAAUAUGUACAAUUUUAAAACGUUUCUUUUUGUUGUGGAAAGUGAAUGCAAAGAGUCCACCAAAAUUUAGAGCACAAUAUCUUUCUACUGAGCUCUAUCACAGGAGAUGCUAGAAAAAUUACACAUAGAUGUGCCUGUAUCCUGUUGGGGCUGUUUAACCAGUACUAUGAAAUGGCAUAAUAUUUUAUAAUGGAAUUUAUCACUAUACUUACAGGUUUUAAUUUGAAAGUACAAUUAUGCUUAAUAUAUUUUGCUCAUUUGAAAGCAGGCUGAGUUGAUAAAAGUUUAUUUAAAGAAGGAAGUUGAUUAAUUAGAAAAGUAUGAAAGGAGAAUGUAUUUGUAGAAUAAAGCUAUGUUUUCACUUUUGCCUAUGAGCCUGAGGGUGUUUGCAGGUAAUAUUCAAUGAUAGCCAAGUCAAUCCGGAAAUCAGAGGGGUUAUAUUUCUAUCAGAAUUGGUCAUAAAGAAAGGUCUCCAAAUUCCAUCAGUAUUUCCUAGAACUUUGAUAAAUAGAAGUAGCACUGUUGAAAUCCAUUGAAAAAUGGAUUUGAGCAUUUUGCCCCUGAAAUAUUUCCACUGUAGUUGUAAUUUAUUAGCUGUUUUCCUUAAAGACAUGCAGAAGAGGCAGUAUUUAUCCUGCUUUAUGCUGGCAAGGUCUUCUAGAUUCAAUAGAACCAUAAUUGCUCACUUCAGGUCAGUUCUCAGCAGAUGUCAAUGGAAUUUUUUACAACAGCUUUAAAAUGUUAAUUUCUUGUAAAUUUUAUUAAUUAUCAAUCUAGAAUAAAAUCACAUAAAUUCCUUGAAGUAUUCAAGGUAAAACCAAAAAUAGCUUAGCUAACAUUUCUAUAAUGGCUGCUUUGAAAAAAAAAAGACUCAGUUCUAAUUUUUCUUUUAAAUAAGAUGUUUUUUCAGUAACUGUUGGAAUAAUAAAAAUAGCUCAUCAGUCACAGCAUGGCUGAAUUGUUUUGAAGUGGGGGAAGAAAUACAAAGGAAUAUUUUUUUUUCUUUUAGUUAAAAAUAUGUUGUUAUUCAUCAAGAUACGAAGUUUGAUAAUCCUUUAUGCUGUGAACUGCAUUUCCUGCUAUUUGUGAGCAUUCUAUAUUUCAUUCCUUUUAACUUUGACAACACAUGUUCUUGUUCAAAAUCAGCAAGAAUUUUAUAGCAUAAGUGAUGCUGGAAUAUCUUUUAUCUGUUAAUUUUCUGGAGGGUUGAUAAAUAAGAUGGAUUCCUUCUGUUAGAAAGUAAGGAAAAAGUAUUCUAUAGUGUCUGGGGGUAGCUGAAUUUUGUCCUGUUAAUGCAGCUCUGGUGUUUUUUGUUGUUCACAAGGUGGCAGUCCUGUGCUGUCUUGAGGUGACCAAGUGCUUAGUGCUUGGAAUCAUAAUGUAGUUUCAGCAACAUUCUGAUAAUUAGAAAACUUCCAAGUUCUUUAAUGGCUGGUUGCUUGUUUUAGUAACUGGUUUAGCUAUAAUAUCCUUGUUAAUUUUAAAUACAUACAGUAUAUUAAGUUUUACUAGGACAAGUUUUGUUUAUCUGUAAAGAAUCUUUCCAGCUUUUUUUUCUGUUUGUGAAAUUUUCGUGUCUGCUCUAAGAGAACAAAAUGAACCUUGAAAUCCUACUGUUGCAAAGAUGUCAUUUCUAGCAGAUUAGCAGAUGUACUUUGGGUGUUUUAAAUUUCACAGUAUUCUUACUUUCUUUGCAUAUUCAUUCUAUUUGUUUCUGUCUAAGAAGAAAAAAAUCCUGAAAGACAAAUUGAGAAAAGCAGAGUAACCAUGCUUUUGAGACUGACACAUGGUGAUUUUCUAAAAUAUUCACUCUUAUUUGGGUGAUGCACAUACAAACUAUAAAUGCUCAAGUGUCUGUUGGCCCCACAGUAGUCAAUAUACUGCCUUUUAAAUGCAUCAUCUGGUUUUCAUUUAAUGAAAAAUUGUUAACCCCAGUCCCUGAAAAUUCUUCUAAUUAUCUUAAACUUUGUCUAUAUUCAGCAUCCUUAUUUUUUUUCUCCUGAAAAACUUUGCUCUUCUUGCUUAUCCCUUAUUAGAUAAGACAUGCUUUUUAUUUUCAGUUCAAUGACAUUUUUCUGUCACCUGAGGCAUGUUUUAUAUAAAAACAUCCUUCUUAAAAGUAUGCUUUAGAUAGAUGCAGAUAAUUGAUUUUGCUAACAUCCUUUUGCAGACAAAAAGGAUCUCUAAGACAGAAAUGCUCAUCUACCUAGCCAUAUGUAGUUAAAAUGUCCUUAAUUUGCCAGUUUUUCUGCUUGAUCUCAGAAUAUGCUCAGGACCUCACGCUGUAACUUCAGCUUCAUGGGUAUUUGGGAUACAAGGAGCAGGAAGCAAGAAGAAAAAUAUUUCUGCAGCUCAUUGUCAUUGCAGUGCUGCUGUAGCUGGGAGUGUGCAAGGCUGCUGGGAGCAGGAGUGAGUGGGCACCACUGAAUUUAGCAGAGCACUGUGGCUGGCUAAAGUACAUGGUGAUAGGGGAGAGCUGCUUGCCAUACACGAGUGGGAAUGUCUUCUCCAGCUGCAAGGAGAAUCUGCUUGUUGCUAGAGCUGGUUGGAUCUCUGGGAGAAUGAUCUGCUGAAAUCUGAUGAACUGGUUUGUUGGAAGAUGUUUUAGCUGUGCAUCUGUAAAUAAAAAACUGUUCUUGCUGUGUUCAGGAAA